AAAUGCAGUGUGGAGCCGGUUGGAGGCAGGAGCUGGCAUGCGUCUACCUACGUCAUUUUCAAGCGUCGUUUCAGAAUCAAGCGGGAAGCUAGCUGAUAAGCUAGCUGGUGUUUGGGCACGAUGUCACAGAGGAAGAGGCUCUCGGCCUCCCAAAACAAAGCCCCAAAUCGAGCAGCGGUACAGCAUCAACAAGCAGAGGUAGAGUCGGAUGACGAAGAGGAUGUGUCAUUCACCCAGCCAACUUCAACACAAGUCCAGCGUGCGCGAGAGAACUUUACUCCUGUCCAGGUUGACCGCAAAGUGGCAGAGGUCGUCCAGUUUAUCCUAAUCAAGGACCAGAAGAAAGGGCCCAUACGAAGAGCAGACAUAGCAAAGCAUGUCAUCAAAGAAUACCGGGCUAUGUAUGCAGAGAUCAUGAAGCGUGUCUGCCGUACUUUCGAACAGGUGUUUGGGCUGAAACUGGUGGAGAUCGACCCGAAAAGCCAUGUGUACAUCCUCAUCAACAAACUGGAGUCUAUGCCUGAAGAGCCAGUCUGCCUGAUCCCCGGGAACCCCAAAUAUGGCCUCCUCUUCACCGUUCUUAGUGUCAUCUUCAUGAAGGGCGGAGUUGUCAAAGAAGCACUCGUGUGGAAUUUCCUGAAGAAGCUGCGGGUGGAUGCUGGAGAGAAGCACGACAUCUUUGGAGAUGUGAAGAAGUUGGUGACCGAUGAAUUUGUACGACAGAAAUAUCUGGAAUAUGUGAGAAUCCCACACACUGAACCAGUAGAGUUUGAGUUUCGCUGGGGUGUCCGUGCUGAGAAGGAAGUCGCCAAGAAGAAGCUUCUGGAGAUCGUGGCAGAGCUGUUUGAGCAAGACCCUCAGAGCUGGACCCAACAGUAUAGGGAGGCCACAGCAGCAGAGAGCCAGAGCCAGAGAUAGAGCAGACGAGUGAGAGGACUGUGUGUGGAAGCCUUCGUUUUUAAUUACAACUUUACACAUUUGUGUGUGUAUAUUUUGUACAGGUGUUCUUUCGUUUUAUAAUUUACUGUAUAUUGAAAUAAGCUACAUGUGUUUUUGUUUUUAAAAGGAAAUAAAUAUUCAUGCAAUAUCAAAAAAUCAAACAGUACAACUGGAACUGUUUAUAGUAAGAGACCCAGAGAUGGAAAUAUUGCUUCAUAGUUUUAUUUUGUUUGUGCCAACAAAAAUAAAAAUUAAUUUUUAAAAAUU